UCUAUCGUGCCGCUCAACAAAUCUCUCCUCCCUCCAACUUCCACAUUGCUACCGGAAACGACUUCGUCUUCAGCUUCAAUUCUCCCUCCCCCACACAUCUCACCACAUCUAUCACAAUGGCUGUCCCCGCCUACUCCGAUAUUGCCAAGUCGGCCAACGAUCUCCUGAACAAGGAUUUCUACCACAUCAACGCCACCACCCUUGAGUUCAAGGACACCGCUCCCAAUGGCGUUGCCUUCAAGGUGAUUGGCAAGUCCAGCCACGAGAAGGCCACCUCUGCUGCCUUCGAGGGAAAAUACACCGACAAGCCCACCGGUACGACCACCCCUUUUUGCGAAUCAACAAGCAGCGCAUCGCGCCAGCAAUCACCACUUACAUCUGCAUCCCUUACCCCAUCCCCAUCCUCAACCCCUUCUACGUCUUCCACUUCCUCAGCGUCACCCUCGCGUGCUUCUUCUACCCCCCCGAUUGACCGCGGACGGCGUAAACCGUUCAGCACGGUCACUGUGUCGCGAAUUCUCGGUCGAAAACAAGGAUGGCCGCUCGAGUUCGCGAUCUCUUUUAUACCAGACGAUAAUUGGCGUUGGGCACACUUGCUAAUGUUCUACUCCCGCGCAGGCGUCACCCUCACCCAGACCUGGAACACCGCCAACGUUCUCGACACCAAGAUUGAGGUCAAGGACUCGCUGGCCAAGGGCCUCAAGCUCGAGGGUCUCCUGAACUACCUCCCUGCCACCGCCGCCAAGGGUGCCAAGUUCAACCUGCACUUCCAGCAGCCCGGCUUCCACGGCCGUGCCUUCUUUGACCUCCUCAAGGGCCCCACCGCCAACGUCGACGCCGUCGUCGGCCACGAGGGCUUCCUCGCCGGUGCCAGCGCCGGCUACGACGUCAACAAGGCUGCCCUGACCGCCUACUCCGCCGCCGUCGGCUACGCCCACCCCGUCUACAGCGCCUCGCUGACCGCCUCGGACAACCUGUCCGUCUUCGCUGCUGCGUACUACCACAAGGUCAACAGCCAGGUCGAGGCCGGUGCCAAGGCCACCUGGAACUCCAAGACCGGCAACACCGUCGGCCUCGAGCUCGCUGGCAAGUACCGCAUCGACCCCGUGUCCUUCGCCAAGGUCAAGGUCAACGACCGUGGUAUUGCCGCUGUUGCCUACAACGUCCUCCUCCGCCAGGGCGUCACCCUGGGUCUCGGUGGUUCCUUCGAUACCCAGAAGCUCGACCAGGCCUCCCACAAGCUCGGUGCCAGCUUCACCUUCGAGGGUUAAGUCUGACAAUGUGAAAAGGAGGAGAUGGUGGUGGUCGUGGCAACUCCCAAAGUUGACUCUCUAAACUUGGGAUGCCGCUUUUGUACUGUACUCAAAUCUUGCAUUGCAAUUGAUUUUGGGGUGUAGAGAUUACUAGG